AUGUCUCGUCUACCAAGAGUCACGAUCCAAAUGGCGAGAGUCGGAGCUGCUUUCGGAGCCGAGGCCGAAAUGUUGCUGACUCCAAAGCCAAAAUUCUCGAUGGUCAAGGGCUUUAGUCAGCUGAUCAAAGCAGAUUACCGAAUAAGAGAACAUACAGUCCGAUGUCUUGAACGUCUGACCGAGGAGCAAAUGACGGACGACGCCCAAGAUCAUGCUCGAUUUGAGCAUGCGUUCUGCCACAGCCUUGGCUUUGGUACGGCGAAAUGUGUGACUAAAGUCCGUGCUCUCCUGGGACAUAGUGACCCAAGAAUAGGAUAUCUUGAAGAUGCAGUAGCCAAUCUUCGCAAGGACGGGGGGUAUCACUCCUUUACGAACGCCGCGGUGGAGGCUUUGACAAGUACCGCGCAUCUCGGAAAUCCCAAUUUGCCCCAUGAGUACUGGCGGUCCGACUCCUUGAUAAACGUCGUCAACCUGUCACAUAGGGAAUAUCGUACCAUGCCGGAGACCUUCGGCCCGGCCCUGUCCACUUCGCUACUUCUUGGUUGGGCAGUGUCCUGA